AUGACCAGUCGAGGAACUAAGAAGAAAGGAAAACAUGCUGAGCAUUUUGGAUCGAAAAGCCAUAAGGCUGCAUUAGCGGAUUUCUAUGCUUUUAGUCAAGAGUCGUUAAAUGUAGACUUACUCCUUGAUAAAGAAAAAUGUUGUACGCACUCUGGCCCGACAAGGGAUAGCUUUCAGAGGUAGAUCAACAAACUCAACGCACAAGCAGGAUGAAGAAGAUGGCAAUUUUAACCAGAUUGUCCAACUUCUAUCUAGGCAUUGUCCAAGCCUCAAUAGAUGGCUCAACGAGGUUCGUUUGCGACCAUAUCAUGUUACAUACAUGAGCCAUGACUUGCAAAACGAAAUGAUUGAUAUUUUGGCAGAAAAUAUUCGGGACAAGGUGAAAGAAGAAGUAAGCGAUUCAAAGAUGUUUUCCGUUAUGGCGGAUACUACCCCUGACACUUCAAACAAGGAUCGCCUUGCUGUUGCUGUCCGAUAUGUUGAGGAGGAUAGUCCAUCUUUUGCAGUUAAAGAACGACUUAUUGAAGUUAAAGAAACGACCGAUAAAACAGGCAAUGGACAAGCCAGUGAUAUCCUUACGUCAUUAGAAGAUAGUGGUUUGAAGUCCUCUGAACUGGUUUUCCAGUAA